CAGCGAUGGGUGGUUGAGUGUUUUUUUUCUGUUCGCUGAAUCUUUGCUCGUAGAGUGUGGGGUUCUGGAAUGAAAUGGGAAAAUACCUAGUGCAAGUUACUCACAAGUUGAAGAAGAAACGGAUUUAAUACCUACAAGGAAAAGUUUGUUGUUUGUUCCAGUAUAAGGAAAACGGAUCUCCGGAAGCGGUGUGAUCGGUCGACAAGUGUGCUAGGAUUUUUUCAGCGUUAGCUUCCCAUUGGCUCGAAUGGAAAAUUUGUUGGGAAUUUUCACUUUUUCAACCAGUGUUUGAUUGUGUGGUAAGUGGCGGAUGUCCAGAUUUUCUCUGCGAAGAGUGUGUUGGUGCUAAUCAGAAUAGGAAGAAAACUUGUUUUGUGUGAUCGGUCGUUUGUGUUGGUGCGUACGGCGGCGGGUGCAGUUUUUAUCGUUGGCAAGACAGCUAGCCCCCAGUGUGCGUGCGUGCGAAAAAGAAACAUUUCCAAAUGUGUACGACGAACGUAACCGAGCGUUGCCGGAUCGAACCGCAGUGAAAGUUCACUCUGUCCCUCUGCAGUGAACGUGCCCCUUAUCGCGAGCAAGUUUUUAAAAUUUCCUGUAUAAUAUUUAAGUAAAACCAGCACCGCUCGGACGCGCGCCCUCUUCCUCCACCCGGAACAAAAACCCCACACAAUGUCCAGCUGGGCGCAACGAAUGCACCGUCGGGCGGCAACCCUCGGCAGUGUGGUUACCUCGUGUGGCCAUCCGGGGUCACCUUAUCCGCACCGACUCGAGAAGGUCAAGUUUGGCGUUCCGCUGGACGAGGUGUGCAAAAACGACAUUCCCGGCCCCCUGCUGGUGCUGAUACUGAAACUGAACAAGGAGGCCCCCAUCCGGAAGGAUGUCUUCCGUGCACCCGGACAUCAAGGCGCCAUGAAGAAACUGAUCCACUUUCUGCAGCAGGGCCGGUUGGUCAAUGUGGACAACUAUUCGGUAUACACGAUCGCGUCCGUUCUGAAGAAGUUCCUUCGCAAGAUACCGGGCGGCGUGUUCGGGCGGGACGGCGAAACGGAACUGUUCCAGAUUGUGGACAUCGAGGAUGAGCUGAUUCAACAGGAGAAGCUUCACAAAUUACUAAUGUCACUGCCAGGCCACACACAGCGUCUUCUGGUGCUGCUGUUUGGCACCUUUCGGGUGAUAGCCAGCAAUUCGGAGUGUGCUGGCACCGGUAUGACCAGCGAGGCACUCGGAGUCUCUGUAGCGCCCAGUUUUUUCCAGUCCUGCGUCAGCGAUGGCAAAACCGCCCGAAUGGAGGACGUUCUGCGGUUUAAGGUGGCAACCAAGAUCAUGAAACAGAUGAUCGAACAGUUCGCCGCGUACGACCUGUUUGGGCGGGACAACUACGAAUACUACGCCCGGGUCACCGGCCGGGUCCUGCGGGUUCAGGACGAGUGGAUCUGUUCGUUCCGCUAUCCACCCCCGCCUAGGGGGAAAACAGCCCAGCAGAACUACGCGUUAAAACUAGCUUUAGAAACCGAGAAAACCUGGCUGCAGUGUGAAUGCGAACGAUGGGGACUAAUCGCACAGGAAGAAUCGCAUUCGACGCCAGCCCUACUGACGACCGGCGGUCCCAACGUGGGCAACUCGGCCGUCUCCCUCGGCAUCAUUCCAGAGCACUCGCUGCUCGAGUCCUGCGCCCGGCUGUCGGUGUCCCUCGAGGGUCCCGGCAUCUUCAACGUGCAGAAAUCCAGCUGCUCCUCGUCGUCGCAUUCGUCCUCGUCGACGACCCGGUCCGGUUCGCAGCACCACAUGACCCUGGAUGAACUGCGGGCGGUCAACCGGUACGCCGAGAGUACCAAAAGUCUAUCCUACCUACCUCAGGUCCACGAGCGUCAGGCGGCUCGGAUGCGCACCCGAUCCGAGUGGUUUCUGGGGGCCCGAGGCGGUUCCCUGGAGCUGUGUCAUGCAUCCGACGAGGUGACGCUGAUGCAUCCGCAAAUCAUUACGUCGACACCGAUACCGGGCAGCAUCCUAAGCGGCAGCAGCGGCGUCGGAGGAAGACCGGGACAUGGCCACCAUCCGCACCAUGGCAUUAUCGUGGGAAACCUCGGUCUGAGUGCGUCGGCCGAGUCGGUCCACCAGGUGAAGCGCUCCAGCCGUCGAGGUUCCCGCCAUGCCCACCUACACCGAAGCUCGUCCCGGCGGAACAAGGAGAAUGGUUCGUCGCGGUCCAACAGUUUCCGGAGCAAGAUUUCGUCUGCCAAGGGGGGUAGUAACGGUGCCGGUGUAAGCGGACCCACCGGUGCAGAUACCGCCAGUCUGGGGAAAAACAACGGUACCGGGAAUGCCCCGUUGUGUAGCAUUGUCUCGGCUAAAGAGCACCACCGAAUCCGGAAACAGCGUGCUGUUUCGUUCGAGCAAACAUCGGCCCCAACGGGAACCACGAUGACAUCAUCCACCUCCGGCUGCCCGGUGGUGGUGGUUGGCAUGCAUCCGAAAUGGCACGAGUUCAGCGCGAAGUCGUUGGACGAGAAAAAACUGCUUACCAAGCAGAACAACUUUACAACGAUGACGAUCGACGGAGUGGAUCUUCAGCUGGACAGCAGUACGAUCGGUGGUGCCGAGGUGGGUUCAGGUCUUCAGCCCUGCGAUGGUGCCGAUAGCGACGGCGAUUGGCACAUGAUGGACCAAAGUGUGCCACUGCCGCCGGCGGGUGACAUUCAUCCGGUACAAAAACAGCAGCCUACCGCAGUCGGUACGGCACAGCACAGCUCGAUGUUGCACCAUCUGAAGCCACCGCGAAUAUGAUUCUAAGGCAUAAUGCGUGUAAGUUAGCUGUAAGGGUUCAAGAGAGAUAUUCGCAUUCAUUCUAUUAUUUCUAGCGUCUAAUGUGUAGGCAAUCGUUUGUUGUUUAGUUAGAAAAUUACGUAAAUUUUUUAUAUACGCGUUUUGUAUAAGGACGAACUGAUCAUUACGGAGUGAAAUAACAUAAAUAUCCAUAGUCGGAGAAGCGGCUGUUGUGCGGUACUACUAGACUCGUUUUAAUUUAAUAAUUUUACCAGUGCCGAGCACUUUUGCUGAAACCAUUUCAUUAAUGCUGCGAUAAAUAUUGGUCCACGUCACUUAAUUAUAGUUUUUUUUUAUAAAUUUGCGAAGUAAUCAAUCAUGUUGGAUAAAAAAAGUACCAGCAUAACUAGUUUGCUUUUCAAUCACUCAUUAUUACAUCAGUGUACGAUUGAUGUAUACAAUUCCACUAAGAAGAGCCCGUUCGAAAUAGGCACCCAAUCGGUCACUAUUCUAUAGAAUAUAAAAACUAGUUUCGUACAAAAAUAGAACUUGAAAAUGCACGGUCUAAGUCGGCACAACAGAACGAAAGCCAAAUUUUACAGUUGACUAUAUAAGUAAAAAGAUCAUUGAGAUUUCUUCCCGUUUAAAAUAAAAACAUUCUACCAGUUCACUGUCGGUGUAGUAAGAUAAUGGAUUGCGUAAGGGUAUACUUAAAUGUAAGGGUAAAAUAUACUGGAAAGAAUUUCAUAUCUAGUACGCUAGAAAUCGAAAAUAUUAUGCAAAGUAUUACACGUUUUACGAACUGAAUUUCACACUCAUAAAGUCAUUACAACACAAUUAUAGUAAACAAUCACUUAGAAAUUUAUCGAAAAGUUAAAAACAAGACCAGUGAACGUGAGAAUUUACAUACGCCGUGUAGCUCGUAAAGUUAUAAAGUUGAGAUUUUUUACUAUCAUUAAAUUCUAACCACAUUCUUAAUGAUCAAAAUUUGGCGCAACAGAAUUCGAAUCCAAUCAGCAGUCAAAUACAGAAUAAUAGAAUAGUUUAUGUGGUGAAAGAAGAGAUACAGUCACAUUCCUUAGUUGUAUAUAAUUAUCCUCAUAUGUAUAGCGAAAACGAUCGAGAGACGAAUCCUCGGAACAAAAUAAUUGUAAUUGCUCAACCAAAAAAAGAAGUCGAAGAUUGUAGAUUUCUCCUAUCUAACGAUCCUACGGUAACCAAGUCUCAUCACAAAAUUAAAGACAAAGUGUCGGUAAAGUCGGUCUAAAACUAAUCGCGCAAAAAAUCAAAGAACCAUCCAUAAAUGACGUAGCAUUUUUGAGUGAUUUUUAACACCCCCUCCCCCAUCGUAGCAUUUCGUCACAAACUUCUAAAUACCCCCUGGUAAUUACGUAGCUUGAUGGUAACUCUAUCCCCUCUUGAUCGCGCAAUUUAAAAAAAUAAAAUAAAAAAACGAUGUUAAUUAUUCCCCUUUAAAAAAGCUACGUAGCAUGACAUGACCCCCUACCCCCCUGUUGUCACACAUCAUCACAAAAUACAAAACUCCCCCCUCCCCCAUAUAAUGCUACGUCAUUUAUGGAUGGUCCCAAAUCAAAGGUGUUCCUGUCGAACAAUUGAAACAGUUUAUUCGGUAUCUUGCAACGGAUAUGGGGAUUUUUUUAAACCAAAUUAACCAACCUUGAAGAGCAUCGAAGCUUUUUUUCUCUCUUUUUUCGUGCUCCUGGUGUUGGUUGUACAAAGGUUAGGGAGCUAAUCUCACAAGCCAGUCUGUCGCAUGUUCGAAUUUCCUAUCAGGAAAGAAGUCGAAACAGAAGGUCAAGCUUAGCAACGGAAUGUAGUAAUAGCAACAUGAAGACAGUUUUAGGCACAAAGAACAGAUUUGUAUGUUCGAACAAAUAAUCAAACUUUUGUGAGCAUUUAACCCCUUCCUGUUCAUGCUGUUUAUGAUGAACGUUUUCAACCUGCUAUAAUUUUUCGCUUAGGCUAGAUCUGCUCACAAAAACAAGUAGAGCUAAUAACUGAGGCUAUUAAGUAUUAUCUUUAGAACUGAUGUUAUUCCAAUUAACUUGAAUUGGAUUCCGCUGGAGCAGUGCUGCCAGGGACAGUUUUAGUUAAAGUUUAAAAAUGAUAUAUUGGUAUAUCUUCGUUGUCUUGAAAUAUUAUUGAAAACUGAUAAAACUAAAGAGACUAGAAUAACAAAGAGACGCCAUCUUAAUUCAGUAAAAACAAUUCAACUAGCAACCAAGCUACGGUUAACAAGCAACACAGCAAAUGUGCGAGCCUCACAAAACUUGUUUGUUGUUAUUCCGUUUGUUUCUUCUAGCCAAAAUAAAAACCUGCUACAACUUCUGGUCUGCUAAGUUUCUCGACUAGCUGAAACAUAGUUAUAUGCGCAGGAAUGGUAUUUUGCAGCAAUAAAACCACAUUAGGCCAAGAACAAUUGCGAUUUUUUCGCUCGCAAACGGAUCCACAACAAAAAGAGGCGUGGUUGAAGUCUCGUACAUAUGUUCCUGUCUUGCCAGUUUGCUGGAAACGAAAGAGCAGUGCUUUGUUUGGCUCAAUCAGACCCAUAACGGAACGACUUUUAUUUUGAAUGUUUGCAUAAUUUGGUUUUUCGUUACCGUCAUGCUGAAUUUCGUCCUUCCAUCAAACCAUGCCAUUUUCUCUUAGCGUUUCUAAACACGAUGGUAUUGUAACAAAUUCCGUUUGAGGGUAUAACUUUUAUCUUUAAAAUAUUUGGUAGUUUCAACGGAUUGGAUCUGGGGCGGAUCCAGAAAAAAAUUUCGGGAGGGGUCCGAACAUUACGUACUACGUAAUAAGCUCAUUUAAUGAAUAUCAGGUUUGAUGUUCAAAUUUGGUUUGGAAUUAUUGUGGGUUUGAAACUAAUAUAAAAUUUAAACUAAUUCAAAAUUUCUAAACUAGUAAAAAUAGUUCGGAGGGGGUCCGAACCCCCAGGACCCUCCCCCUGGAUCCGCCACUGGAUUGGAUAACAAUCUAGGGUCAGAUCACUCUAAGUAUGUAAAACAAAUUUGUAUCACAUUUAAAAAAAUGCAUUUAAUUUCCAUUUUUGCCACAACUUUGCACUCCCUAACAGAAAAGUUUGUUUAACAAACGUCCUACACUGAUCCACUUUGUUCGACGUUUUGCUGAAAGUAGGGAAAGUUUUUUGCAGGGUUUUGACGUCUUACACGUAACGCAAAAUACAUUAUGAAUUUCUAUUUUGAUUGAAAGAAAUGCAUUUAAUUUCGCUGAUUUUUAAAAAGGCAUCAGAAGUGAUCUGCCCCUAGAUAACAAUACUACCUUAAAAACAAUGCUACAUGAUGCUAAACUUUUACAUUUGACAACUCUUUUGUUCGUUUGGAAUGACAUUGAUACUAAAUUGGAAUUCCAAACGAAACAUGUCGUCUCUUUGUUAUUCUAGUCUCUUCAGAUAAAACCCAUCAAUUUGGACUGUCUUUGACUACUUUCUCCUAGUAAUUCUCCUAGUAAUUCUGUAAAUAUUCUAGAAAAAUUGUCUUGCCUAUCGGAAGGUGGAAAUUGAGCAGCUUCUAGCACUGUGAGAGAAGUAUCUGUCUUGAUCAAAAUAGGUUUUUCGUUUUUCUUAUUCCCAACAUGUUUAAGGAAAAAUAGUUUUGGAACUCUACAUGCACUAGAAAAAGUUGGACAUGAAAGGGUUAAAUGUAAACCGUUCACACUAGCGACGCCAUACUAAUAUCCGCCAAAAUAAAGCUGAAAAUAGUGACCAUUUUGAACUGUAUCUGAUCAACUGCCAGUUCUGUUGAACUCAGUAACGCCUCUACCGGCAAUUUACAUUGGAUUUGGUCAUACAUUUUUGAACACCUUUAAGCGUUUAAAUUAACUUCCCUCAUUUUUAUAUUAUGCAUUGUCUGAUAGCACGUUUUCUCCCAUCGUCAAAAACCAUCCGGGAUUUGAUUCGUAAUUUGCAUGAGAUCUGAUCAUAUCUGAUUUUUUUGUUUGUUUUGACCAUUCUCGGGUGGAUUCGACGUCCGAAUAAAAUCGUCGCUCCGGUGUAACGUCGAACGAAAAUGCUUAACGAUAGAAGUCGUUUUACUGUUCGCGGAAGGAAGGAUCCACCUGUGAAUAGGGAUCUUUAGGGGUGUGCGGGUUAAGACAUUUUCUGAUGCAGAUUGGUGCCGUGAGUUAAUAUCUCAAUUCUUUUUCUAUUUUUAAGCCCGAAACUAUUGAAAAAUCAUUUUUUAGUUUGUCUCCUUUUAGGACAAUAACACAUCCAAACCCAUGCGGCUUGCACGACUCUAUAGGUUGCCUCAUCAGAUCUACCAUAAUUUGAGGAUGAAAUUUAAGAUGGCAGGCUGCUAGCGGUGCUGUCCCGGUUAACAAUGAGGCGAACGAGAUAUUUGCAGAUAUGUCAUUUAGUAGGACAACUGUCAGUUUGUUGGCUGAAUUUAAUUUGGAUUUUUUAAAUUUAAAAAUCAAAAAAGAAUAAUUAAGGUUUAAAAAUAAUAUGAGUGUACUCGUAAGGACACCCGCUAUCAAUACAUAUGAAAAACUGACACAAUUUUUCCAAAUUAAAGAUGCCUAUUGUCAAACAAACAUCUCAUGGAAAGGCUAAUACAGACCGACUUCUUGAUCGAUUGUAUUUUAAACGCAAUGGUCGAUAGAGGCAGAAUCGUUAAUUGCAUUCGAAAUUAAUUUCAAUGAGGAAACAAUUUGAAUUAAAAUCAGUUUGAAUAUACAUAAGAUAUGCUGAAAGGCUUUUGACAUUUAAAGAUUUCAUAUGGGAUCGUAGUAUUCAGACCGUAUUUCCGCAACCAUAAUUGCGAUUCGUAUGAACUUCACCAGAAGGCUUUAACGAUAUUAAACCUUCCAUUUGAGACUAAGUAUGUGAAAAUCGAAUAAGCCUUUUCCAAGGAGCUGAAGGGACUUUAAUUCUGAAAAAUUCAAAGAACCAGAAACUUACAGAAUUGUCGGGAUGGACGCUGGAUUCAAAGGGACAUUGACUGGCCAUUAGCGAUCAAGAGGGCUCUAGCGAAGCUAAAUGUAUAUCUUACAAACAAAGGUACCAUCAGCAUUUACUGCAGGGAGAGCCAGGAAUCCAUUAUCGACAUCAAUUUUUGUAGCUUUGGAGUGAGUGGAAAGAUGAACUGAAAAGUGUGCGGGGAGAUACCCACAAAAACUAUCAAGCGAUCUGGUACAGCAUGCGGAUAACAGAGAUCUUUUACAAGGACGUGUUCGUCAAGGAACUUAAAUUUUAGGGCAUCCUCUUCAAUCUAAAUACGAACAAGUUAAUGGCAGCACUAACCAGGGCGUGCAAUGCGACCAUAGCAAGCAAUGGAAUAGCGGGUAACGGUCGCCUGGUACAAUACGAUGAUUGCUGAUCUACGUAUAAAUUGCCUCAGAUCAGAGAAGAAUGACACCGAAACGAGUUACAAGAACCUCUCUCCACAAAGCAAUCAAGCUGAGCAAGAAAACCUGCAUUGAGGAGCUUUGCCACAAAGCCAACGAAAAUUCUCGAGGCCUACAGAGUUGCCAUGACAAAGAUAAAAAGCUCAGCUGACCCACCUGAAAGGUGCCCGCAGAAGAUGAAGGUCAUCAUCAAAGGAAGAAGAUGAUGAAGAAGAAACUCGAAUUAUCGACAAACGGCUGAUCGAGAUGGCGAAAACCAUGAAAGUGAGGAAGGACUCAGUACCAGCCCCAAAUUUGGUUCUGAAAACAGCGAUACAGGACAACCCGGAUAUGUUCAGGAUGAUCCAAUAACUGAAAGUGACAGAAGCGAAUAUUGCUGUCGAUGCCUAGAAAACCUGGUGAUGUUUUAGCGUAUAGCAGUGGUUUUCAACCUUUUUUCGUUCCACGUACCCCUUUUCAAAUAUUGAUCCCCACGAUGUACCUCUUUUUGCUCACCAUCAUUACCCUGUUAAAAAAAACUGUUUCAAUUGGAUGAAAACCAUAGUUUGCCAAUUAAAAACUUGUUCUUGAACGCUCUCAUGUCGUUUUUGCUUGAGGCAGAAACUAACUCAGUUUCGGACCUAACUGUUGUCAAACCGUUUGUUUCAUGCCAGUUUCGAACCUAGGUUAUGCGCCACUGAACUGAAAACCGAGUUGGGUUCCAACCUGAAAUAUAUUUCGGGUUCGCUCACACCACCGCUGUUUUGCGAGAACCCAACUCAGUUCCAUUAAAAACGUUUGUUUGCAGCAACUACCCUGAGUUAGUGUCUAGGUUCUCAAUCGAAAACGACAUCAGUAAGUAAGAAUAUAUAAAGGCAAAUAUCCGACGGGAAUGUUAGGAUUAAAGUUAAACUUAUCCCAUAUAAUUCACCCCCUACAAUAGCCUAAUUUACCCCUGGGGGUGAAUUCACCCCCAGUUGAAAACCAUUGACAUAGGUCAAUAUGUCCGUUGGAACAGACAGGAAACUGUAAGAGAGAGUAAUCCUGAACAGGCUAACCAAGUACACGAAGCGUGAGAACGAUCGGUCACGCAAUUCGGUUUACUUAUAGGCAGGUCUACAGUGGAUGUCAUCCGAACGAUAGUGGGAGCUGCGGACGAUGGGGCAGUGAAGAUGAACCUUCCGAGAAAUGUAACGAUUGUUAGUUUCGCGGAUGAUGUGGUGUUGCAAGUAGUCAGGAAGUCACUAGGAGGUGGAAGCACUCGCCACGGAGACAAUUGCCCAUCAUAAAACAGAGGCGGUGUGAUUCGUAGCCGAAAGACAGUAACAGGCGAAAAUCGCGGUCGGAGAAUAUCUCAUCAACUCGAAACGUGAAAUUACGCUACUGGGUGUGAUAACCGCCGACCGACUGAAUUUUUAAAUUCACGUCGAUUAUAUUAAGGGGAAGACGGCAAGAGCAACUACAGUUAGCCCGAAGCCCGUGAGUAGGUUAGUUCAACCACCAAGGACCAGAUUAGGGUUGUGGUCUCCCGGGAAUACCGACCCAUUUUUGGUACCGUAAUACCGGUACUGAGCAAGAGCCAGUACCGGUAUUUUCGGUACCAUGCAAAAUUUUGUUUGAAAUAUAUGUAGAUCCUAUUGGUAGACCCGUUUCUUAAUAUCGGUCUGCAAAGUGGCUUUUAAUUAUAUUGAAUUAUCUUCUACAUAAAUCGUUCAGCUUACGCCUUUGUGUGGAAAUGAGGCGAGACCAUCAUCAUAAUAAUUCUAGAAGUUAAACAUUACUAGCUCCCGUUGUACUGAUCGAUAUGUUUAAAUUCCUACACUAUUUGGUUGAAAUAAAAUUUCAACUAGCUUUUACUAAAUUUCAAAAUAUUCACAUAGGAGAUGUUUUGAUUUUUUAUGUUUAGAUUUUUUUAUUAGCGACAUUCUGAUUGGUUCCAAUUAUUCACUGGGUGGCGCGUAAUGAGACUGUGGCCUAAGUCUUAUUUGUAUUUGCUUUGCGCUUAAAUAUUUAUCUAUAAAAGAACGAACAGCGAUUUAGUAGCUUAUAAUUUGAGAGUUGGUGAAUUGCUUCGAAUGGUGCGAUUCGUAAUUUUUGAUGAUCAGAAAUAUCAGCAAAACUCCAUAGUUAGCAGUAAAUUAGGAGCCUUGGUCUGCAUAAAAGUCACCACCAAUUUACAGCAAAGCAAUAAUGCCGAGAGGAAAUGCGACCAACGUACACGGAUUUACAUUCUCAUUUCGAUUUACUGUUGAUAAUAGGGUUUCUUACAUUCAGCAUAUGUUGAAGUCGACGAAAGUCGCACCAUUGAAUUCAAAGUGGCCUAGAUCUCGAAAUAAAAGAAGGUGCCGAUUCGAAAAAUACCCUCUGCUGCAAUGAGAUAUCAGUUUGAGCAUUCAAUUUUACUCUGAAGCGUUUCUCGAAUCUUUUGAAAAAAAAAAUUGGAGUACCGGUACUGGGGGUUUCAGUAGCGCAGUACCGGUUCUCGCCAAAAUGGGUCGGUACUGCGAACCCUAGACCAGAUCGAUUAGGCCGAUUGAAGCACCAGCGGUGGGUCUUCGAGUUUUCAGUGAACCAGAAUACUGAUUGGCCCGUUGAGUAAGAUUUAUGAGCCAUCCGAGUAGAUUGCUACAAAACUGGGAGCUAACUGACUCACGCUAUCGAUAUGACGGUAUCUGAAGAAAUUCCGCCACCGAAGAAUAAAUGGCUCGUUGAGAUGGAAGCUAAAUGAUUCGCGAAAACGAGAACUAAACAGCUCACAAAAACAGGCGACAAAUGGCUAAUUGUCGCGAUUAUCCGAAUUGGUGUUCGGAGUUGAAUGGCUCUAAUGUACGCAGAAGCUGAUGAAAAAGCCGGAAGCUAAAUAGCUGAAAGGACGAGAAAUUUAAUGGAUCAAACGAUACGAAGAAUAGUAAAAAUAUAUUAAUUCUGCGAAAGAAUUUCUAUGAAGAAAGCAUUUUUCAUUCCAAACUUUAAAAAUAUCUUGAAGGGUUCGGGACACGUAAAAUACUGUUUUUAAAUUAAAGACUAAAUAAAACAUACUAUUGUCGAUUUUUGAAUCUCGCGCUCUGUCAAGUCUCCAAGUUCCCAUACAUCCGUGGUUUUCAAUCUUUUUUGUACCACGUGCCCCUUUCCGAAUAUUGAUCUCCAUCGUGUGCCCCUUUCUGAAAAUUGUUUACCACCAUCAUGAGAGUCAUUUUCAUUUAGAUGGAUACCAUAUUUUUUCGAAUAUGAAACCUGUUCCGAGAGACACUCAGCCAGCAUUUAAAUUCUGAAACAAUAUACAAAGACAAUUAUCCGACGGGAAUCUUAGGGUAACAGGUUGAAAUUUAUCCCCUCAAAUUUCACCACCCCUUUAAAAGUCUAAUUCACCCCAGAUUGAAAACCACUGCCCUACAUGGUAUUAAAAUUUCUGACGGUUGCAAACGGCACGCACAGACCUUCCAAAGAAAAUUUGUAAACUUUAGCUUAAAGAAUAUAUAAAACAAUACAAAACCAUUGAAUGGGUUGAAUCUGAAAAAGGGAAUGCUACUCGUGAAAGCAGUAACGUAACUCAUUUUAGCUCGGAAAUCCGGAUUAUUUACUCCAAACCAGGGUCGAAGCACAUUUCACCUAAUCCUUAUCUUUUUACAGUUGCCGCUGAUUUGGGAAAGCAAUUUUCUCCAUCAAAACUUCCGUUUUUAAAAAAACGGCAUUGAAUGUUCCCCUUUAUUCCUAAAUACAAAGAGGAGCGUAUAGCGUUUGUAAACUGGUUCCCAAACCAUCACUCAUGCUAAACUCUUAAAUCGAGAAUAAUUUCGUGGAAUUCUUUAUAUCGUUGUAAUUCUCUGGUUGGACACUUUUGAUCUAGACCGCAUGUGAAAUUAUAAUAUCAAAUUCACUUUGAAAGUGAAACUGACCUGGAAUAGAGAUAUGAACAGAUGCCUCUAAACUACUAAAUUCCGUUUUACCAACUUGACCUAUAUCAGUAGAGCUACUAAUUUGCGACAGAUUUGUUGUUCAAACUUCAAGAGGGGACCAAUUUCAAAUCAUGCCCUACUAUAUUCAAACCGCAGUUGUUAGUUGCAUCAUUCAUUCAAACAACACAGCCGCUCAAUCAUUUUCCAUUCGUUUUCAAUUUCACUGACCCGCAAAAAUUUUCGGAUCUGCUUGAGAAGAAUGGAGAAAUAGCCACUCAAAAUAACGUUUACGACUAAUUUUGAGUUUUGGGGGUAGCAGUGUUAAGGGUUAUCAACGAAAUUUAGAGCCAUAGUACUGAAGUGAGAGCAAGAAUGUAAAGUAUACAGAUCGGAAAACUAGAAGUGGCAGGGUCAUUAGAACAGGCUUAAUACCUUACGGGCUUAACUUUUGUCUUCUGCUGAUGGGGGUAGAGCUUAGGCAGCAUAACUACGAACCACUCAAAUCCACCACCAGAACCGGUUCUCACGGUAAAGAGGGACAAGUCUGUCUUUACCAGGGGACAUGCUGAUGGACUUGAGUGAUUCGUAGUUGUGCUGCCGAAGCUCGACCACCAUCAGCAAAAGAAAAAAAUGUAAAAGAGAAAAUGUGACUACAUAUAGCCGAGAUAAAAAAGGAAAAAAAGUUAUCAACAAAUUACGACAAUGUUGACCGUCAUUAUGAAAAGUCAAAAUAUGGGUUUCUAAAUUCGUUUUAUUUAAUUUUGAAUUUAAAUAAAAUUGCAAUUAAUUGAAAUCGUUCCCAAAUAUUUGACGAUGUUAAGGACGGCUUCUACUUUUGUGCCCGUUUUUCAAGUGUAUUUUUACAAUGGAUUGCGAAUAAUAUUAUUAGGAUGCGGUUGUCUGACUAUAUGGAGAGACUACAACAAGCACAAGUGGUGUAUUACACUGGUCAUGCUUUGAUGGAGAUGAGGAGCUGGUGCUGGUGUCUACUGUCGUGGAACGAGAUUGGAAUAAUCUCACUUGCUAGGUAGAUACUGUACUGUAUUCCAAGCAGAAAGCUUCGCGAUUAUGUGCGGAGUACAAUCGGUCCUUCAACAGAGCUUGUCCGGUAAAGUUAUAAACUUCUGCUCCGAUAGUCAGGCUGCAAUCAAGGGCCUUAGCUCAGAUAAAUCACGGUCCAAACUAGUGAUCGCAUGCCGAACCCAAUUCGAAGCACUAACUAUCUUGUCUGGGUGCCCGGACAUUCCGAGCACCCAGACAAGGUGUGGGCUGACGAAUUAGCCAGCGCUGGAGCAGCGAUUGACUUCGUUGUUCCUGAGCUCGCCCCACCAAUUUCGACAAGUUGGAUAAGAGAAAAAAUACGGUCCUAGGUUUGCAAUUAUUGGAGAAAUCUACAAACGUGACGCCAAACAAAGGCAUUUAAAGAACAACCGUGCCCAGUGAUUUCGAAAAAUCUCUUUUAACCGGCCACUGUAAACUCAAUUAUCACAUGGCAACUCUUCAGCGCGCUGAACCAUUUUCAUGUGAUCUUUGUGAAUCCGACUACGGAACCUCACAUAAUCUGAUAUGCAACUGCCCAGCCGUUUGCGCAAUUGCGAUUUCGAGUUUUCGGCAUCCUUAUAUAGCGGACACCUUGUUUGGAUAACUGAAACUCUGACACAUACUAAAGUUUCUUAUCCAUUGUGGUAAAGAGCAUUAGUCUUACCCGCAGUCGAUUUGAACUACUUGUGAGUUUACCUGCUGUUUAUUUUUUGUUUGUUUUGUUAUUUUUCCCAUUCUUCCCAUUUCUACUUCCUUCCUUCCGCUCAGGAAAUGAUGAGAAGACACAGCAAGGCCCAAAUCCCCGACUACAUACGGGGAACUUUCCAUUUUUAGCCAAUACAAUCUGAUUCCUGAUGUGGUACAAUUAAGACCCCGUGUCAACCCACACCAUCCUUUAAAUCAUGAAUUAAAUUUAAAAGCAUAAUAGUGUUUGUGGGUAAACCCGAAAAACAAUUAUCAUAGGGUUCUGUUGUAGCAACUACCCAAAAUUAGGUUCCCUUGCCUCAAUAUUGAAGUAUCGUUCAGGAAGGUAAAGUUACGAAACCGCGUGGAAGGUUGUUUGCAUUGCAGGCACUUUAUGGACUAGCGAAGUGUCAAAAGUGGCUUCCGUGACGCCAGUUUGCAUCCAUGGUUGCUAGUUUUACUGUUUUUGUCCCCGUAAAACUGUGCAUAAAGCAUCUGUAGUUUGCAUUUAACCACGAUAAAAAUCCCAACUGUACCAGUAGGCAUACUACCUUAUGAACGCGGAAGAGUUCGACUGAGUCGAGAUUUCGUUUUAUUUUGGACAACAAUAAUAAGUGCGAGCGAAAAGUACAACCCAAAGGUACCAUGUUCAAGUUUAAUAAAACUGUACUUUGGGUUGUUUUAUGUUUUCUGUGUAGAUAAAAUGGUGACGAACUAUACCAUGUAUGUAUUACUCCCCUACGGAUUCACCGGAAGCUGAUGGGCAGGAAGGGUGAGUGUCCACGUCUUAUUCUUUUCAAAGUAGUACCUUACCCAUGAAGGUGGCUAUAUAUCUGUCGCAAGUAUAGAUAGAGGCAGGGAAUGGCAGGAGUUGAAGUAACUCGCAAGACGGUGAUCGCAGUUCGCAGAUGUGGCGGAUUAAUCACGAAAAGUAAUUCCAAACAAAUCGUUACACAACUGAGUAGAAAUUCAAAAAAUAAAAGAAAAAGAAGGAUUGUGACGGCUGCUAAAGUAGUCGACCAUGCGCUCGAAAAGAGAGCAAUCAACCGAUAGUCAGAUUCGGCUACUAAACAGGAGCAUUCUGUUUGAAGGAAGGAUGUUUUAAAUUGCAUACUAAACAUGUGUUCAAUGUAUUGAUUAUUAACUAUGGACGAAUCCAUUUUUAUUAAAACGCAGAAACUAUAGAAUACUGGAAAAACGACGAUAAAUAGAAGAUCAACAAUACAAUUUUAUUGCAUACUUUAA